CUGGGACGAAGAACCCCGGCGCCAUUGGACAAAUGGAAGCAGUGGCGAUUCCCAUGGAUGACAUCAUGCUCCGGUUCCGGAUGCACACCAUCGUGUACCUGUCCUUCGGGCUCCGCUUCUUCGGUCUCCUGCUCAGCUUCGCCACACCCAUACUGCUCUGGGGUGCCGCGGAGAGCACGAACACUUGCGUGGUCUACGACCUGCUGCCCUCAGUGGACCUGGUGACGGGAGUGGCGCCGCAGCGCCACGUCUGGAGUCUGGCCCUGUUGCUGGACCUGAACCCGCGGCUGGUACUCGCCUUUCUGCACUGGCACUACCUGGGCCGGCGCUACGUGCUGGUGGCUCCGCAGGAGCGCUCCCUCUUCAGGCUCGUGACGCACGGGGGCCUGGCGCUGCACGUGGCCGAGACGCUGUCGCUGAGCCUGGUGUCCGGACUGCGCAACUACCAGGAGUACCCGGCGCACGAAAGCAUCUACACCCACUUCGUCGUCUCCUCGCUGAUGUUCAUGCUGAGCGCGUGCCUGUCGCUGCGCAUGUGCCAGCACGAGCAGGGGCACAAGGCGAGUGUCAAAACGCGACGUACGGGAAGUAAACUAGCAAAUACCCCUCACUAG